UACCAGUCUAUACAAAGUUAGUCUGCCGAAUUGUGAGGUGUUAAUCAGUAUGUUGGUGGUGAUAAAAAGAACGUGACUCGACCAUGGCUCGCACAAGUCAGUCAGUUGGCCAGGGUCUGGGCAUGGAAGGCGCCAUGACAAUGUCGGAGAUCCUCGACAAGAGAUUCGAGGACGACUUAGAAAAAGCCAUAGCCGCAAGCCUGGAGACCCAACGGAUGGAGGAUUUGAAGCGGGAGGGACAAGUGGAGAACUGGAAGGGAAGAGGUGGGAACAAAGAUGUACCAGAUAGUGUGGCAGGUCUGUUGCAUCACCCUAGCGACAAAGCCUCACAAGAGCUGAGCAUGUAUGCCCCAAGCUACUGGAAGGACAACAGAGACGACACUAUGGCGUCCAACGAACCGGACCUGAUGCUGUUUAAUUUUAAGCAUGUCAUGAAGAGCUACGAUGAGAAGAAGGAGGCGGAAGAAGCCCCGCCUGUUCCCCCGAGAGGUUUUGGUGUCCAAGCACAGCUGCGGCCAGUGGCCACCCACCGCCCCGGCAGUUAUCAGUUCAUGCCGACGACGCAGGCGAGUUUGACCAGACCCACCUACAAUCGUCAGUCCUCCUUCCCCAAUUCCAAUGUGCCAUUUGAGGCACCUCAGCCCAGCACGGCGACAAAGAGGGACAGCUCACAGUGGGUUGACCCGCUGUUGAGCCAAGCACUGUCAGGUCCUGGACUGGCUCAAACCAAGUCCCUGCGUCCAAGUUCCAGCACUGGGCUACCGACACCUCCCCUGCCAGCACGGCGAAGCGUGAAUGUUACAGACAUGAACUCCUUACUGAAGACUGCCAAUGUUCCCAACUCAUCUCAGUGGCAAACAAAGAUGCGUGCCAGCUACCAUGACGAUACUCUCAUCGGAUCCAGUGCCUAUUGGGGUCACAGCCCAGUGGCGAGUGGGCUGUCAGUUCCAAUUAGCUUCAAACGCACGUCUUUGGAUAAUCCCUUCGACUUGACCGGUCUUGCUGGACACAAUCGGGCUGCUUUGUCCACGAGUCCCACAGCAGCCAGGGGCAACUUGAACACAGGGCUGUCCAGUUUGAGGAUCUCCGAGAACAGUUCCAUGCGCCGUAUCAGCAGCAACCCCAACUUCCAAACAGGUAUCACCCCGGUAGCCACAUCUUCUUCACCCAGGCAAUCCUUGGCUGCCCCUCAAGUCAUAAAGCAGUCAAGGGAGCCGAGCCGUGUCUCCUUCAGUGCAUCUCCUCCUGAAACCUCGAGUGCCAAAGCCCCCACAUCCGCAUUUCCCGGUUCACUCAUGGCCACAACCAGCCAAACCUCCAGCCUCUUUGACGAGACGUGGAAGAAAAAAUUCCCUCCUGAUUCGUCCGCAGGGGCGACCAAGUCCUCCAGUGAUCUCAUGGCCUUCAGCCCCCCGCCGUCCAAGGCAGGCUCGGGGGCUUCCACUGACGUCUUCGAUUUCAGAGAGUUUGAUCCUCUCCAGCCACCACCACCAGUGCCCGUCUCGCCAAAAAAGCCCAAGAGUGCAUCGGUUGCCACGGACAUGGACCAAUAUGGAGAGGAUUCAGUGUUCCGUGACUCCGAGGAGAAAUUUGCAACAGGAGGCAGGGACGUUACAACAUCCCCUCGACCCUCCACUUCCAAGGUCCCGGGGUUGAUGGGAAGCCAGAGUUGACGAGGCGGGCCAAGAGCGUGGUGGCAUCUCGGCCAUUGUCGGGGGCUGAC